AACAACCAAAAAGAAAGAAAGUAGGAAAUAAAGAAAGAAAUGAACUCAGCUUUUUAACAGAUCUCCUCUUCCCACUUUAUCCCCAACUAUAACAGAGAGAAUCCAAUUCCUUGUUCCUCUCCAAUUCUUUUAUAUUCUAAUAUCAAGAAUUCGAUCUUCCCCAGUCAGCUAAAAAGAACAAAAUCUUUACUGAUCCAUCCCUUUCUUUCCCUUUUUUCUUUGCCGUUCAUGGGCUCUCAAUUUUUUUCCCUUUCCAGGUAAAAGCAAAAUAAAACUAUUUCCGACACAUUUCUUCUUUUAAGCUAAAAAGUUCCGAUUUUUUAGUUUAAUCAGAAAGAAAGAUAUGAUUUUGUGGAUUCGGUGCAGCUCUGUAAUAUGUGAUCGGAUCCACCUUAUUGUUUCUCUUGAUGGUCAAAGCUUUGCUACUGAAGUAAUUCUUUAAGUGUCUUAGCAGGAAGUGUUUGGUUCUUUUUGUAAUGCAAUCUGUUGAAGAGAACAAGAAAUUGAAGAGAUUGAGAUCAUUCAAUAACGACAUGCCUAUGACUGACAAUACAACCCCACAAAAUCUUGAUGAUUGUAUUCUUUUCCCGGUUGAGGAUAUUGUACAAUCACCAUUGCCAGGAUAUGGUGCACCCACUUCAAUAAGUUUCAGUCCUGAUGAUGCUUUAAUCACUUUUUUGUUUAGUAGAAAGGUGUUUGCUUUUGAUCUCAAGACUUUUAAGCAAGAAUUGUUUUUUAGUCCUCCUGAUGGUGGACUUGAUGAGAGUAAUAUUUCGCCCGAAGAGAAGUUGAGGAGGGAAAGGUCAAGGGAACGCGGCUUAGGAGUGACCCAGUAUGAAUGGGUGAAGACAAGUUUUAAAAAGAAAGCAGUUAUGGUGCCAUUGCCUGCAGGGAUAUAUUUCCAGGAACUUUCUUCAUCAAAACCAGAGCUCAAGCUUCCUAGUUCACCAUUGUCACCGAUUAUUGAUCCACAUCUAUCUCCUGAUGGUACCAUGCUUGCUUAUGUAAAGGAUAGCGAGUUGCAUGUUCUAAAUCUCUUAUACAACGAAUCAAAACAAUUAACUUUUGGUUCCCAGGGAAAUACAGUGACUCAUGGCCUUGCUGAAUAUAUUGCUCAGGAGGAAAUGGAUAGGAAGAAUGGAUACUGGUGGUCACUUGACAGCAAAUUCAUUGCAUUCACACAAGUUGAUUCAUCAGGAAUACCUCUUUUUAGAAUUAUGCACCAAGGUAAAAGCUCUGUUGGUUUAGAGUCACAGGAAGACCAUGCUUAUCCCUUUGCAGGAGCUUCCAAUGUCAAAGUUCGUCUUGGGGUAGUUUCUAUUGCUGGUGGUUCUAUCACUUGGAUGGAUCUUGUAUGUGGAGGAACAGAAGAACUGGACAAUGAGGACGAAUAUUUGACCAGAGUCAAUUGGAUGCGUGGAGAUAUUCUCACUGCUCAGGUUCUGAACAGGUCUCACACCAAAUUAAGGAUCAUUAAGUUUGAUAUUAAGACAGGGCAAGGAAAAGUUAUAUUAGUUGAAGAACAAGAUAAAUGGGUUAAUUUACAUGAUUGCUUCACUCCACUAGAUAAAAGUGUCACUAAAUACUCUGGUGGGUUUAUCUGGGCUAGUGAGAAAACUGGAUUCAGACAUUUGUAUCUCCAUGAUGCAAAUGGCACAUGCUUGGGUCCUAUUACUGAAGGUGAAUGGAUGGUUGAGCAAAUUGCUGGUGUAAAUGAGGCUUCAGGGCUUGUAUAUUUUACUGCAACUCUAGAGGGACCGUUGGAAUUUAACCUUUACUGCACUAAACUGUUCAGAGAUGACAGCCAAAACUUUCUUGGCCCAGUGAGAUUAACACAUGGUAAGGGGAAACACGUGGUUGUACUUGAUCACCACAUGCGUAAUUUUGUUGAUAUUCACGAUUCCCUUGACUUUCCCCCUAGGGUUUUGUAUACCUCCUUGCACGAUGGAAGUGUAAUUAUGCCUCUUUAUGAACAGCCAUUCACCAUUCCACGAUUUAAAAGGCUUGAACUUGAGCCUCCAGAGAUAGUCCAGGUACAGGCAAGUGAUGGGACCAUAUUAUAUGGUGCUUUAUAUAAGCCUGACCCAACAAAAUUUGGACCACCACCAUACAAAACCUUGAUCAGUGUAUAUGGUGGCCCAUGUGUACAAUAUGUCUGUGAUUCUUGGUUAAAUACAGUUGACAUGAGAGCUCAAUUUCUACGGAGCAAAGGCAUUCUAGUGUGGAAGUUGGAUAAUAGGGGAAGUGCACGACGUGGCCUAAAGUUUGAAGGUUCUCUUAAAUAUAAUGCUGGCCGUAUUGAUGCUGAGGAUCAGCUUACUGGAACUGAAUGGCUCAUCAAACAGGGGCUGGCAAAAGUUGGCCAUAUUGGAGUGUAUGGAUGGAGCUAUGGGGGAUACAUGUCAGCUAUGAUAUUGGCCAGGUUUCCUGAUGUCUUCCGCUGUGCUGUCUCUGGUGCUCCUGUUACUUCAUGGGAUGGGUACGACACAUUUUAUACUGAGAAGUACAUGGGAUUGCCUUCUCAGAAUCCCUCUGGUUACGAGUACAGCUCUGUGAUGCAUCAUGUGCACAAGUUAAAAGGGAGGUUAUUAUUGGUGCAUGGCAUGAUUGAUGAAAAUGUGCAUUUUAGACACACAGCACGGCUUGUCAACGCACUAGUAGCUGCUGGAAAACCAUAUGAACUACUAAUUUUCCCAGAUGAACGACACACGCUACGGUGGCACAGAUCCCGGGUUUACAUGGAAGAAAGAAUCUGGGAGUUUGUUGAGCGGAGUUUGUGAAGUGUGAAGCAUAUAAGCACUGCUUGUAUGUUCAAGGUGUUGUGGAUGAGCAUUGGUGCAAUGGUCGGUCAUUUUUUUGCGACCAGAAGUGCACGUCCAAGUCAUUGAUAGUCAUUUGCGAAUGGAUGAUCAGAGCAUCGAGUCAUUGUAAAACAACUUGUUAUAGAGAAACAUUUUGAAUCCCUGGUUCAAAAUUAUUCUUAAAAAGUUUCUUCAGAGUAUAAAAAGGAUAGGGAUCAGAAGCCAAUUUCAUUAGGUAAGUACACAUAAUAAUGCCCAGUAAUAAAUUUUUACUGUAGGUUCUGUUUUA